CAUAACUCAGACAUGUAGAACGAGAUUUUCUCUAUUUUUCCGAAUUGGCUACAGUUGCGGUCGAUAAUUCAUCUCUUAUGGUAAAAGGUUGGGACAGCCUUUACGACUCCUGUAUAUCGGUAGUAGAUAGAAGCUUUCACGUUUUCUCUACUUUACCGGGACUCUGUGGGUAAUACUAUCGUUCAUUCUAUGAGAAGAAUCCCACAGAGGGACUCAAAUCAGUUAUAAAUGCUUUCUCGCCAAACCCACGAGACUCACAAAAUAUUCCGGUAUAAAAUAAAAAUUUCCAGGCACUAGAAGUCGCGCGAAUCAAAUAAGAGUUGUACGAGGGUACUUCAAUUUCUUAUUUCAGACUAAUUAUUCCACCUGGGCAAGAGAACAGUUCACAAAUUGUGCUCGCAAAUAACUCAUCCUUGACAGUGACAGUGUACACCGGCCAUGUUGCAAACGUUAGACAGCUGACCGUAUUAGACCGCGUGGAAGGCAGAAAAUUUUUUCCUUUUCUUUCCGAGGGAUUUCGACAUUAAGACACAAAUACCCUUCAGUACUCUCAUCGAGAAUGUAGAAUUAUUAAAUACAAAAAAUGUGCCUGUAAUUAUUUCAAAAGGGAAUAAUCCAGCACUCCGUUUUCAGAUGGACCUGUAUUAUCGAUCCGACAGGUCGAAAAACGCCGGCGUAUUAUUUAGGAAAUAAGAAAUAUUAAAACUUCUCUCCGCGGUCUGCUCAAGGCGAGCCAGUGCGCAAUUUCUAUGAUGUGAGCUGACUCACAUCUCGCACGUAGUAUCUUCGGUAUCGCCUCUCACCUUACCUUCGGCACGGGCUCCACGCAUGUGUGUUAAUGCGCGGGUUGUGAGGUCAUACACCCACCUUCACAGGUGGUUCGUUUUUCGUUCAAACCGCGGAGAACGUUGUGGAACGGACGCGCGAGGGGCUCCUCUCGCGCGAAGAACAUACGGUCGCGCGCAGUAGUUUACAUGAUGAUCAUGAGGACAUUGUUCGCGGCUUAUCCUGUGUCAGUGUUGCUUGCAUUCACGGUCACUGCCAUUGGCAGCAAUUACACAGAUAUCAAUCUACCGCACGAGCACGUCAAGUAUUACUUCAACUCUUUUCCCACGGUAGCAGAAAAAUGCCGCAAUGAUGCGGCGUGUCCAUAUAAGGACAGUCUCGGUACUAAAGCUUGUUGGGGCUACGAGGAAGAUUGCAAAGCGAAAAACUCUUUAUCUAUUCCGCACUGCCCAGGCGACCACAAGGGGUGGGUUGCCACGAAAAGAGCUCAGUUGGACACAUUUUAUGCGCAAGGCGACUUCGGAUACGUGCGCGAUCAGAGAAAAGAGAUGAUGCUGUUGUGCGAACCAUUGUUCGUGGACGAUUCGUCCUUGGAGUGUUCAGAGCACAUGAGGUUCUGCAGAGCGAGAAACGUGAUGCUAAACUUCACAGAUUUGCUGAAUCGAAAGGAACCUUUACGGUACAAAAUGGAUGUGUUAAAAGAAGGUCAAAUUAGCGGCUACUGCACGCUGAACGUGAAGAGAUUACAGGAGAACGCGGAUCAUAUUAGCGCGCUGCAGUCUUGGGGACCGGAAAUACGAAACUUUCGAAAAUUACCUCACCGUCCAAUUGUUCAUGGCGACUGCGAUGUCGUCAUUGAGAAACCGACCUUCAUCAUGAAAAUAGAUGCCAUAGUAAACAUGUAUCAUCACUUUUGCGACUUUUUCAACUUGUACGCAUCAUUGCACGUGAAUCUCUCGCACCCAUCUGCGUUCGAUACUGAUAAUUACAUCAUGAUCUGGGAAAGUUAUAGUUAUCGAUCGGCGUUCCAAGAUACCUUCGACGCAUUCACAAGAAAUCCACUGUGGGAUUUGAAAACAUUUCGAGGAGAGACAGUGUGCUUCAGGAACUUGGUCUUUCCACUCUUGCCGCGGAUGAUAUUCGGUUUAUAUUACAACACACCGCUAAUUUACGGCUGUGAAAAAUCCGGAUUGUUCAAAGCUUUUGGCGAUCAUGUGUUGCAUCGACUUCAAAUACCUCUUCAUCAAAGGAAAGAUCGAAAGAUUCGUGUAACAUUGCUAAGCAGAGAUACUCAGUAUAGAAGGAUCUUAAAUGAGAAUGAACUGGUGAACGCUUUAAAGGAGAAUCCGGAAUAUAAAGUUAGGAAGGUGGUGUAUAAUAAAAAUGUAUCAUUCAAGAAGCAGUUAGAAAUCACUAGGAAUUCUGAUAUUUUUAUCGGUAUCCACGGCGCUGGCCUGACGCAUUUAAUGUUUCUGCCAGAUUGGGCAGCAGUGUUAGAAAUAUACAAUUGCGAUGAUCCUAAUUGCUAUAAAGAUCUUGCACGGCUGAGGGGUGUAAAGUAUCUCACGUGGAAAGAUAUGUCAAAACUAGUGCAACAAGACCCGGGGACACAUCCCGAUGGCGGGGCUCACGCCAAGUUUACGAACUAUAGCUUCGACGUUAAAGAGUUCCUCAGAAUCGUCUCGCUUGCAAGAAAUCACGUCAAGCACCAUAAUGCAUUUAGGAAGUUUAACAAUUCUCACGGCAAAGUACAAAAUGAUACUAGGACGCCGGAUAAUGAAGAAUCGGUACAACCUUCCAAUGCUAAGGAACCGAUACGACUACAAAAAUCGGAUAUAUUAUCCAAAGAUGAAUUGUGAACACUCCUAGGCACUAAAUUAUGACAACAAGAUAUGGUAACAGAACAUGAUUUAAAAUGCAUUUGUUGAUCAAAUUUCUUAUACAUAUACAUACUUAGUUUUAUACUAAUGUACAUACUUUAUUUUGAUAAGUAAAAUAAACGCGCGAGAGAUCUCGAUAUGUCUGAGUUGCA